CAACUCACCAGUGUAGUGUUUCUUCUACUGCAGAGGCAGCAGCAGCAGGGUUCUUCCAUCAUGGGGGCUCGGCUGGUUCUUUUCGGUGUUCUCGCUCUGCUCCUUGCCGGCAGCUUCGGUGCGGCCCAGGCGGCGCCGGCCGUCGUGGUUGGCUCCGUCAAGUGCUUGGAUUGCUCUCCCGACGACGUUAGUGCUGAAGAUGCCCUCAAAGGGCUUCAGGUAGCCAUCAAGUGCAGGUCCAGCGCCGGCGAGACCUACGAGACGCAGACGGUCGGGCAGCUCGACGACAAGGGCGCCUUCAGCAUCCCCCUCCAGGCAGGCCUCCUGCGCGAAGACGGCGAGCUGGACCGCGACUGCUUCGCCCAGCUCCACAGCGCGCCCGACACGCCGUGCGACGGCCCGGCGCCGCCCAGGAUCGCCCCAGCCAAGUCCACCACCCAAGGCGUCGCCGACGCCAACACCUACCUCGCGGUCGCCGAGGACACGGUUUUCUCACCCGUCGCGUGCGCGUGCAAGAAGAAGAAGAAGAACUUCAUGGUCGGCCCGCCGCCGCCGCCUCCGCCGAGGCCGGAGCCCUCAUACGGGCCCCCGACGCCGACACCCACUCCCACGCCGACGCCCUCCUACGGUCCUCCUUCCACGCCCAAGCCGCCCGCGCCCGAGGAUGACCCGAAGCCGUUCUUCCACAAGCACCCCAAGAUGAAGAAGAUGAUGCACAAGAAGAAGCCGUGCCCGCCGCUCGGCGAGGAGGACAAGCCCAAGAACUGACCUGCCCUGCUGCGACACAUGCAGCGGCGGCUCGCUCACUUGCCCAUCGACUGGCAUUACAGCAAGGAGGGGGCGUCAGGCGCUACGACAUUUGGUGAUCGAUAUGUUUGUGCUGUUUGUUGAUUCAGUUGCCAUGUGCUUGUUGGUGCUUUGUUGUUUUGUUUAGUUACUGCCAUUGUGCUGGCUUUGGUGUUUUAAUUCGCUGCUCAGUUCGUGGAAUAAAGAAAAUGGUAUGAUCUGUGGCAUAACAUUGUCGUGAUU